AUGACCUCCUCAAACGCCGGUGGGUUUCUCACCUCCCUCCCCUCACCCUCCCCCUCCACUACCUCCACAUCCAGCACCUCAAACCUCCCCCAUCCCCGCCAACACCCCCUUAAACCCGGAUCCCAAAAAGAAGACGCCGCGCGAAGGUAUGUAGAAGCGAGGUUACUCCAUAUAUCACGACGGUACGCGAAGAAAUUCCAGCCGGAGCUGGAAAAUGAUGAGGUGAGGGGGUAUACGAAUAUGAAGGAUGUGUGUAAGGAUUUGGGGGAUGUGGUGGAUGUUUUGUGGCUUAGUGGGACACCGAAUCUACAAAUCCCCAAUCUCAUCAAUAUAGCAUCACUAUUUAUCACGUAUAUUACCGCUUUUCCGCCGGCACCUCUCGCUACAUUUCGCUUUCUAAGGAAACUGGAUCAUGUGUUUGCGAGUAUGAUCAGGGGCGUUGAUCGGGAAAGCGGGGAGAGACUGCCCGGGUUUGGGUUUGAGGGGAGGGGGAUGAGUCGGACGGAUAUGGUGAGGGUGAAGAGCCUGGUGGAGGGGACGAGGGUGGGUGUUGUGGAGUAUAUGGGGAGGGUGGGGGAGAUAGAGGAGGAGGAGGAAGAAAGUGAGGUGAGUGGAAGUGAAGCGGAGGGGAGUGCGGGGGUGGGUGGUUGGGGUGAUAUGGAAGAGGAUUCGGAUCUGGAAAUGGAUGUUGCGAGGGUUUAUGAGUUUACUUUGGUUGCGUUGAAUGAGUUUGGGUUUGGGUUUGUGCCGGAGGAGGAGAGGAUUGGGAUCCAGACUGGGAGUACGACGAGGACUACUGGGACUGGAUGA